UGCCCGCUUUCACGAUUAGCACGACAAGUUUGUCAUAGAAAGUAGUUGUUUUGCUUUUUGAAAUGAGAUAAGUCUAAUUGUGAUAUUUCUUAGUACUUUAUGAAAUAUCAAAAAUUUAUUUAGUCGCUGUAAGGGAGUAACAAGAAGAUCCGUAGUAUAGGCAACGGCGUUAGAAGUUAUGAUCGCAACACAUUUAUCAGAGCAAACCAUGCAGCCUGCACAGGAAUAAGGUGGAAUUAAUAAUUUUCUGGUAAAGCUCUAGUGUUUGGGACAGUGAGAGGAUGUCAGUGGGUGAAGUCCAGGUUACCCAGGCAUGGCUGCGCUCCGAAUGCCACAUCCAAGUCCCUCACACCUGGCUGGAGGCUUGUGUGAACUGGAUAAAGGAGGAGGCGGAUAGAGAAUCCGUGCCUCAGUCGCAGCUGAAUCAGCGUGUCUUGGAGCAAUGGCUGCUGACUGACCUGCGAGAUCUGGCCCACCCGGUUCUUCCCGAAAGGAUUUCGGAGGUGCUGAAGACAGAACUGGACAGCUGUUACUGUGUUCAGAUGGACUCUCUGCUAGACAUCAGCCAGCCCGCCUACACUCAACUACAGCGUAUUCGGGGAACCGACCACUCCAACGAUCAAGUGUCGGCUGUUACGCAGGAAACGCAGAGGCCGUGGGAGGCCAAGCCCACGCGUGUGUUGAUGUUGCAGCUCACGGAUGGAGUGCAAAGUCUGGAGGGCAUGGAAUACCGGCCCAUCCCGGCUCUGAGUACAAACCUGGCUCCCGGUACGAAGCUACAGCUAGUCGGGCCGAUCGCCGUGCGUCUAGGGGUGUUGCUCUUGAAAGCCGAGAACGUGAAGGUGUUGGGUGGGGAGGUGGAACAGCUCUUGGAGAUGUACUCUCAAGGCAGAUUGCUUUGUGGGACACUUGGCUUGCCUGAGGAGAACCAUCCACAAGGCGAGGAACCAGAUGACCGGGAGCUUCUGGCUGUGGUAGAUCAUCAGGUACCUGACAGCGGUUAUGGCAGCGUAACUUCAGAAGCCUCAUUCAGACCGACUCCCCUUCACUUGCAACCCCGUCCGCAAGCGACGCCCACAUCCAGGGAAGACAACUGGGAUGACAUGGACGAAAUCCCAGAUGAUGACUUCAGAAGUAUUCCAGACAAUUUUGACGAUGUCCCGCAAAACGCAGCUGAUGAUAUGAUGGACUACAUUCCUGAGGACUUUGAUGACAUCCCGUUAGAGGAGCUGGACAGUGUGAUGAGCCCGAUAGAUGCGCAAGUCUUGCCAAGUACUCGGGAACACUCUGAAAUCAAGCAACCUGACUCCACGAUACCAACCUAUCCCAAAACGAAAGAACUUAACCCUCUGAGUUUUCGCUCCAGAACUCCUCACCAAAGCAGACCCUCACCCUUACAUCCAGAAGCUCUGGAUACAUUUGGUGCAAGUUCCUCUACAACCACAGGUGGAUCUUCUGGUGGUGAACGAGACUCUCCAGUUCCCUUGUACCUCUGCACACUACAGGCAUGCAAUUGGCCGCCCGUCAGUGUUCAGGUUUUACGCCUACAAGCUUUCAUUGUCACACUGGUGGGAAAAUUGCGCAGCAGUGGCGGUGCGUGGAAACUUGAAGCCACCAUAUCCGAUGGAACCGGGUACUUGAACGUAGAUCUGUCCGACGCCAUGCUGACCAAUCUCAUUGGCUUCUCGGCAACAGAGGUCCGAGAACUGCGGAAAGACCCGGCGAGACGCAGCAAGGCUGACAGUGGGAUCCUGCACUGUCAGAAAGAGCUGGUGGAUAUGUGCUGUAUGAUGAGUGUACAGGUGGACCCGACGGGAAAAGGAGUCGUGUUGAGUGCCAGUCCGAUCUCGGAACGAGAAAGCUCCGAACUACAGAAAAGAGUAAAAGAGAGGAGGAAGUAAGCGCUACUUAUUCUCUUAACCUAACCUGACAGUGUUUGUAAUAGUUUCAAUGAGAUUUGAGUGGAAUAAAUUGUUUUGGUUCA